CACACACACAAAUUGAACCCGCAGAUAAGGUGCCCUUUUCUCCCAAGUUAUCUUGGCAUAUAACGUAUGUCAAUUCAACAAACACCUUACACUACACAACAACAAUCACUGUUGUUAAUUAAACCAAUACUAAACUAAAUAAAUUUAAAAACUAAAUUCGUUGUUUGAAAUAUGUGGACUGUCUGCAUCCACUAAAAAAACCCAGUAUAUCUAUUCAUUUAUUCAAGAUUCUAGUUAACAGCAUUGUUUUCUGAUAUUAUGGUUUUUUGCUUUCUGGGUGUUUGUUUAUGUUCAAAUUAGUGAAGUUUUGUAUCUGGGUUUUGGGUUUUAUUGAGGAAAGAUUUGAUCUUGGGGGUGUUUAGGAAGAUGAUGCUGGCUACAUGCCAUAAUCUUGAAUUUGGUCCAACUGAUUUUGCUGCUUGUGGGUGUUCUUUUAAUUCUUUAUCGAACCAAUUUGUUUCGAAAAGUUAUAAAAGGAAGGUGAUUAGGGGGUACUGUGGUGGUGGUGGUGGUGGCGGUGGUGGCCGGAGAUUGGUGUGUUGCCGGCGUGAUGGUAAUGUUGCCAAAUGUGGAGUGUUUUCCCCUGAAGCUCCUGAGACUCUGUUUGAUGCAGAUGCAUCAGGCCUGUCAUCUGUAUUAAGUGAGAAGAAAGAAUCUACAAGUUUGUUUGAAGCUGUUUCUGAUGACCUUCUAACCUUAAACAAGAAUCUACAAUCUAUAGUUGGGGCAGAAAACCCGGUUUUAAUGUCAGCUGCUGAGCAGAUAUUUAGUGCGGGUGGGAAGAGAAUGAGACCAGCCUUGGUGUUCUUAGUGUCAAGAGCCACAUUAGAGCUUACAGGUUUAGUGGAACUCACAAGAGAACAUAGGCGUUUGGCCGAAAUCAUUGAAAUGAUUCAUACUGCAAGCUUAAUACAUGAUGAUGUGUUGGAUGAGAGUGACAUGAGAAGAGGCAAAGAAACCGUCCACCAACUAUAUGGUACACGAGUCGCGGUUCUAGCUGGCGAUUUUAUGUUUGCACAAUCAUCAUGGUACCUCGCGAAUCUUGAAAAUCUUGAGGUCAUAAAACUCAUUAGCCAGGUUAUUAAAGAUUUUGCUAGCGGUGAAAUCAAGCAGGCGUCAAGUUUGUUCGAUUGUGACGUUAAACUUGAUGAAUAUUUGAUCAAAAGCUACUACAAAACAGCUUCGUUAAUCGCUGCUAGCACAAAAGGAGCGGCAAUCUUUAGCGCGGUUGACAAUGACAUCAGCGAGCAAAUGUAUCAAUACGGAAAAAAUCUUGGUCUGUCAUUCCAGGUUGUUGAUGACAUAUUGGAUUUUACACAGUCAGCAGAACAACUGGGAAAGCCAGCUGGCAGUGACCUGGCGAAAGGAAACCUGACUGCACCCGUGAUUUUUGCUCUUGAGAAACAGGCAAAGCUGAGAGAGAUAAUCGAGACGGAGUUUUGUGAAACGGGGUCUCUUAAUGAAGCUAUUGAGCUCGUGAUGAAUAGUGAUGGAAUUGAAAGAGCGCGAAAUCUUGCUAAACAGAAAGCUGAUGUGGCAAUCCAGUGUCUACAAUGCCUUCCUCCAAGCUCGUUUCGGUUGGCUCUGGAGGGUAUGGUCAAGUUUAAUCUCGAGCGUAUUGACUAGAUUAUGAAAUGGGAAAACAGUAGAAGUUCAAACUGUUCAGUGUGGGGUUCAAGAUGAAACUGUCAAGAAACACGCUCGUUUUUUGGAGGUUUUAAGGUGUUCAUGGUCCCUGGUCGGUUUCCGAAAAAUGUUAUGAAGCUAUAGGAAAUCAUAUAACAGGAAGAAAGAAAGAAACAAACAUUCAUGGGUGUUGUUGUAUAUUGAACAUAUUUUUUGAAAUUGAUCAUAUUUGUAAGUUGUUGUCAUGUUUUUGGAUUCAUGGAACUGUUUGAUAUAUGCUCCAAAUCUUCAAUGUUGAGUUGCUUCUUGAAGCGAGCUUCAAGUUUAUAUAAGAAGAAAUAUUAUACAAAUAAAAUAAGAAUUUUGAA